AUGAGUCGUCCUUGGCAUCAGGUCAAUCUCCUACAGCGCCAUGGAGCUCGAGAGCCCACGUCCAGCUCGGGCAAGUCAAUCAAGGCUUCUCUCGCCAAACUCACCGGCAAGAGCAAUUACUCCCGCCCCGAGAUGGCCUUCCUUGCCAACUACAGCUACAAUGUCGGAGAAGAUGGUUCUUUGAUUGCCUAUGGAGCUAAAGAGUACGUCAUUGCCAGGUCUUAAUUCCCGCUCCGUUCGUUACUGAUGCCUCGGUCCUCCUCACCCGUCGCAAAGGUCGUACGAUGCGGGCAAGCAAUUCGCUAAGCGAAUGAUGUGUAACUCGCUCAUGGUCGCGCUCUCUCUUUGCAAACCUUCUCCUUUCGUUCGCGCCUCCGUAAGUCGAGCAGCCACCCGCGCUUCCGAUUUUUUGUUCGGUGAGACUUGCGCUGACCAUGUCUGAUCAUCGAACCAGGGGUCACAACGGGUCAUCGACUCGGCCGGCAACUGGUCCCGCGGUUUCAUGGACGCCCAACGGACCGUGAUUACCCCAACUGCGAGAAAGAGCUACGAGUUCACCACAAAAGUGAUCUUCUCUGAAGACGACCAUGCCAACAACACCUUGUCCAACAACUGCCCCGAUCUCGCGAGCACGGUCCCCACCGCGCAGGAGCAAUGGCGAGCUGUAUGGACACCUGCGGUGCUUCAAAGGCUUCAGGAUACCCAGGACUAUAAUUUAACAUCUUCCGUACGUUUCUCAUUAGAUCGAGUCCUAUUUAAAGUGGUUGCAUUGACCUAAACACCUGCCCCACUACCCUCAGGACGUCGUCAAUCUCGCGUACCUUUGCGCCUUCGACUCACUUAAAAUCAACUCGACUUCGCCCGUGUGCGGUCUCUUCCGGGACAGCGAGUUCCCAUACAUCGAGUACGACAGUGAUCUUGACAAAUACUACGGCAACGCGUACCCUGGCGCCCCACUGGCGCGGUCUCAAGGGGUCGGCUAUGUCAAUGAGCUCCUGACGCGCCUCACCUCGGACCGGUCAUAUGUCGAAAAAGGUACGACCCAAGUGAACCACACGAUCGAUUCCAACUCGGCCCUCUUCCCACUCGACAAGUUCAUCUACGCUGACUUCACCCACGACAAUCAAUUACUUCCCGUCAUGAGCCUGAUCGGCCUCUUCCAGGAUGCGCCGCUAAGCCCGACCUUACCUUGCCCCAUGAGGACCUUCGUCGCGAGCAAGCUGGUCCCCUUUGCGGGCCGCAUGGUGGUUGAGCGUCUGCAAUGCAGUGGAUCGUACGAGGAUGGCUUCUUCUCGUUCUUUGGCAGUGACGCCGACUACGUUAGGAUCCUCGUCAACGACCAGAUCAUGGAUCUAUCGAGUGUCUGCGGCAAGGUACGUCGACCUAAUAGUAUUUUGUCGGACCAGGCGCCACGUUGCUUACUAACCAUUUUCGGCGUCCGUCUUUCGCUUCGCCAACAGGAUGAGGUAUUGUCAAGUGGCACUGUCUGCCGACUCGCCGCGUUCACGAAGGCAAUGGCCAAGGCGACUGCAACUGCGACCAAAGAGUUUGCCAAGUGCGGAUUCACACCCAGUGAUUAG